AUGUACACUGUACCGGGCUUGGUAUUGAGCCGUAUGUUAAGAUCCUUCAGUGUGUCGUGCGCGACCAGAUCCAUGGACUACUCUCAUGUAAUUGUGGGAGGCGGCGUUGUAGGAUUGGCUAUUGCUGCUGAGUUGAGUAAGGUAAAAAGCAACAGCGUUGUAUUACUCGAGAAAAAUGAUAUGAUUGGUGCCGAAACGUCUUCACGAAAUUCAGAGGUCAUUCAUGCAGGCAUCUAUUACCCUAGUGAUUCUCUAAAGACUAAACUUUGUAUCGAAGGAAAAAAAAUCAUUUAUAAUGAACUGGAUCCUUUGAAAACCGGUGUUUCCUGGAGGAAAUGUGGCAAAUGGGUAGUUUCACAGACAGGGUACGAAGAUUCUAUUGUUGAACAAUUUUAUAGAAAGUGUAAAGAUCUCAAUGUCGAUGUUAUGCUUCUGACUUCGGAACAGGCUAAAAGAAUCGAGCCCUCAGUGCUGGUGAAGAAAUCCGUACUGAAUUCCCCUACCUCAGGAAUUAUUGAUUCGCAUUCACUGAUGGAAUAUCUAAGUGGUGUUAUCCAGAGCAACGAUGGAGAAGUGAUUACCGGAUCUGAGGUCGUUGAUCUACAAUAUAAAGAAGGACAAGGCUACGUAGUUGCAGCAAAUGACCGAUUUGGUGAUGAGGCUUCCAUUAUUGAGUUAAGAACUGAAAAUUUAAUAAAUGCGGCAGGUCUUUAUGCGGACAGGAUUUGCAAUAUGCUUUUACCAAAUGAACGGCAUAUGAAGCAAUACUAUGCUCGAGGAAACUAUUUCAAGCUUUCAAGAGGCGGGUUCCCUCCAGUCCAUAGACUCAUAUAUCCAGUACCUCCGAAAAAUGUUAAUUCACUUGGCACUCAUCUUACCAUAGACUUGGACAAUCAGGUUCGAUUUGGCCCUGAUUUGGAAUACGUCAAAUCACCUACAGAUUAUAGCCCAAAUCCUGCUAAUAUCCCCGCUGCCUAUGAAGCAAUAUCAACUUACUAUCCUUAUAUUUCCUUGCAAAAUUUAGAAGUGUCAUAUUCAGGUAUUAGACCAAAGCUUGGUGGACCUGGUGACAAAACAUUUCGUGAUUUCUACAUAAAAGAGGAGGACGGCUUUCCAGGCUUUGUCAAUCUAUUGGGGAUUGAAUCACCUGGUCUCACUGCAAGUAUAGCCAUAGGUAGGUACGUGAAACGUAUUUACCACGACUAG